AUGUCGGCCUCACCAACCAUUGCCGCCUCCACCAAGCGGCCCCUGGAGGAGCCCUCUUCGCCUGCCGGACCGAACGACCAGCCCGAUGCCAAGCGCCCCGCUCUCGAUAAAAUGCUCAGGGACGAGCCUGCUGCAGACGAGAUCGAGACUGCGCAGCCCGUCAAAGGCGAAGGCAUCGCUACAGAGGACAUCAAUGCUGAAGACAUCAAGCCCGAGGAUGUUGCGCAAGCUGUUGAGCAGAACGGCGCCGAGCCCGUCCAGACCGACACCAUUGUUCCAGAUGCGCCCUCUAUUCUCGAGACACAGCCCAUCCAGUCCACAUCAGGCGCCAACGGCCGGCCAUUGUCGCACAGCCAGCAAGUGGAUGAGACCAACUGGCUCCAUCUGCGCGCCUGCAUUGGCACCAGCGAGGCCGCCACCAUCAUUGGCAAGGGUGGUGAGAACGUGACCCAGAUCCGCCGUCUUUCGGGUGCCAAGUGCACCGUGAGCGACUACUCGCGAGGUGCUGUCGAGCGCAUCCUCACUGUCAGCGGUCAGGUAGACGCCGUGUCAAAGGCGUUUGGCUUGAUUGUCCGUACCCUUAACCAAGAGGAUCUCGAGGCCCCGUCAACGUCUACAUCAAAGGCUUACCCCAUGCGCCUGCUCAUCCCUCACAUUCUCAUCGGCUCCAUCAUUGGCAAGGCUGGUGUGCGUAUUCGUGAGAUCCAGGAAGCUUCCAACGCGAAGCUGAACGCCUCUGACACCCUGCUCCCCAACUCUGGUGAGCGCUCUUUGGUCGUGCUUGGUGUGGCAGACGCUGUGCAUAUUGCCGUGUAUUACGUUGCGCAGACUCUCGUUGAGCAACUCACUGAGCGAUUCGGUGGCCCUGCUGCGUCUCAGUAUGCUACCCGUAGUGGCAUGGCGGCGAAUGUCGUUCCUGGUGGCAUGUCUGUACAGCCAUAUGUGCCACAGCCAGCAGGAGGUCAGUACCAGCAGCCCAACAACUUCCGCCGUCAAGAGCCUCAGCGCACCCCCGCACAUGGAGGGUAUGGUGCUGCACCUCAUAUGCAACCCGGCGCACCCGUUCACCCUUCACCAUAUGGCCAGCCUCAGAUGCCUUAUGGAGCUGGCUCACCAGGUCGUGCACACUACGGCGGCCCUCCCCAGCAGCCUGGACCUUACGGCGCCCCUCAGGGCGCACCCGUCCCACAUGGUGGUCCUCCCAACCAGCCUCCCGUUUCGAUGCCCGGCCAGCCCCUAACACAGCAGAUCUUCAUUCCUAACGACAUGGUUGGCGCCAUCAUCGGUAAGGGUGGUGCGAAGAUCAACGAGAUCCGCCAGCUUAGUGGCAGUGUCAUCAAGAUUAACGAGCCCACGGACAACAGUAACGAGCGUCUGGUUACCAUCACGGGCACGCAAGAGUGCAACCAGAUGGCGCUGUACAUGCUGUACUCGAGACUCGGUGAGGGCCCCCACUAG